GUUGGUCUUCUGUGUGGUUGCAAUCGCCCAGUCGUUGGCAACACUGGAUCAGUAGUGUUUCAAAACAUGGACGGCCAGGGUGCUUAUGGUGGCGGCAAAGCUGGCGGCGCAUUCGACCCCCUUGGAUUUGUACAACGGCCCCAGGUCAUACUGCGAGGGGUCUGCUGGCUGUUCUCUAUCAUUGUAUUCGGAUGCAUAUCAUCGCAAGGUUGGCUUCUGGAUGAAGGCGACAAGAAGGAGAAGUGUCUCUACAACGGAGACUCCAAUGCAUGCAACUACGGCGUCGGCAUAAGUGUGAUAGCCUUCCUUGCGAGCAUGGCUUUCCUCGCUGGCGAAUACCUCUUCGAGCAGAUGUCCUCGGUGAAGACCAGGAAACAUUACGUUCUGGGAGAUCUCGCGUUCUCCGGAGCCUGGUCGUUUUUGUACUUCGUCGGCUUCUGGUACUUGGCCAACCAGUGGGGCAAGUCAAAGACACCUCCAAAUGGCUACGGAGUGAAUAACAUGCAGGCCGCCAUAGCUUUCUCUUUCUUCUCGAUCUUCUCAUGGGCGGGCUGCGCUUUCUUCGCAUUUCAACGUUUCAGACAAGGAGCAGGUGCAGCUUUCGCGACGAAUUAUGAGGCUGAUACCAGUAUGCCCACAUCGUAUCCCUCGUAUCCCGGCGGCCCCGACUCAGAUCAACACUAUCAAGAACCACCGUUCUCCGCCGGUCCCAACCAAAGAGGUCCUACCGAUUUCCAGGCGCCAGCCUACUAAAAACGAUGAAAAAUAGGCAUGAAAACAACGUUCUAAAUAUUGAAGUAAAUUUAGUGCAAUCUCUGCCUACAACCAAAGAAACAGGAAGAUUUUCAGUAUGUGAACAACAACACGUACUUUCUGUAAUUUGUACUUAGAUUUUAUUAAUUAUAUUAUAAAAUAGUAUUAUAAUCAACAACAAAAUCAAGGCGAUUAAGUUGUCAUAUCAUUAUCAUACAUAUAUUUAUUUCGUUUCGUUCCGCCUUUUGUGCCAUUUUCAUUGCAUGAAUGUUAACAAGUAUGUGCAUGCACAUACAGAAAAUGUUCACAAGCCAUUGUUUUACCAAAAAAAUAUCGAGUGUUACAUAACUAUAAAUAAUGUUCAGUGUACAGAUAUAUAUAUAAAAUCAUAUAUUAAUGCUUGUAGAUAAAAGUAUUUGGGUUCGCCAAAGUGAAGCCUGUAUUAGAAUCGUGCAAUAAAAUGAUUGUUUUUAGCUUUAGGCAAGAUUUUGAAAUUAGUUUGUUUUGUUGGUUUUCUAUAUACGACACUGGCAGCAAAUAAUGAGGUGAGACCUCAAUAACGGAAUGUUUUAAGUGCCAUAAAUUGUCAACACGACAGCAAGUCUUUUGUCUCACCUUUCACCGAGUUUGUUUCUGAAUCAGGCACAAUAGAUGUUAAUGCUCAUUCCCUCGAUUGUAUUAUGGAACAACGCCUCCCGUGGAAAAUGCAGCGUGACAAUAAGUUAAAUGGAAUUUUCUUGGAAUGGUGGACAUGGUGGGAUAUGCAAGAAAUAUUUAGGGAAUAUAUUCUUAGCCUUAGCAAUAUAUGUCUUUUCUAGUAAUGAAAAAUUGUCCUUGACGUAAUUACACUGCCUACAUCCUUUUUCAAGUUUUUAAUUGUCUGUGUAAAAAUAUUUUAAAGUCAAACUUCCUUUUAUUUCUUGUAUUCCUAUUAUAUAACCACCAUAAUAAUUGUCAUUUGAUUUUUAUUUGCAAAUUUUGUUCAAAUUCGUUUAGAUUUUUUUUAACUCUUUCGCUGCUUUACUAAAAAAUACAUUGUAUAGAUGGAUGUUGCAUAGUCAUGUUGUUCCUUGUCUGUAAAACACUACUAUAAAAUAGUUUUCUAGCUAUUUUAUUAGCAAUAAUAUUGUAGAUAUUUUAACAGACACAACUUGUUUAGGUCCAACAAAAACAAGAUAAAAUAAGAUUUUGAAGGAGUUGAAUCAAUUUUAACAGAACUUAUCAUUAAUCUGUAUUAAGGCUGAAAUAUGAUUUAACUCUGCCAAAAUGACUGAAAAAUGAAUCUACUAUUUCCACUGUCAUUCUCAUGUUUCUGGAAUAAUAUUUUUAUAAGAAUCUCAUAUAAUGCACAUGUGUCUUGUAAUUGCUGGAACCGGAUCAUAUUGUGCUCUGAUUACGUAUUAUUUUCUUGAAGUAUUAUGUAGAGACCACGAAUGUCUGUUAUCUAGUUCUGAAGAUUGGACAUUUCAGUUAUUGACUUAUUUUUAUAACAAAUAUAUCAGAUGUGAUUUAUUUUAUUGUAUUUAGGUGUAUAAAAAUUAUUAUUACAUAAUUCAAUGUAAAGUAAUGAGUUACCAAUAAAUGUUAAAAUUUAUAA